GUUGGUUAGAGCGUACGGCUAAUAACCGUAAGGUCGGCGGUUCGAAACCGCCUGGGACCACACUUUUUUAAUUUUAUUUUUUAAAUUAUUUUUUAAUAAAUAAAUGAAAUCUUUGAUUAUAAUAAAGUUAAAACCUAAUAAGAGCCCAGUAAAUAGAGUUGUUUGGGUAGUGUAGUGGUAUUCAUCCAAAAAUAUGGAAUCUUCUUAUAAUCUCACAACCGAUGAUAUUCAUAGGUGUAGUGACCAGUUAAAGGAUUUCUUUCCCAAGUUUUUGGAACUUUCGAUAGAUGAAUUGAAAACUUAUGGCCUAUCUCAGAACGUCCUUCUAUAUUACUCAUACGCUAUUCAGUAUAAUUUACAAGGAGGGAAGAUGCUGAGAGGAACAAUGUUGAUGUCAACCGUUAAAUCACUCUGUGGUACCAACAUUCCUGAGAAUCUUACGACUCAAACAUUAAUAGCUGCCUGGUGUGUUGAGUUAUUGCAAACGUCCUUUCUUGUUGCUGAUGAUAUAAUUGACAAAAGCCUUAAAAGACGCUCCAACACAUGCUGGUAUCUGGUUCCAACAAUAGGAGUUGAAAACGCCAUAAACGAUGUAAUGUUCCUUUAUACCCUGAUCUACCGAAUACUAUUCAAAACAUUAAAGGAUACCAAAAACUUUCUGGAAAUAGUUGAAACAUUCAACAGAAUUUCAAUGACCACAAUACUGGGCCAACACCUUGAUAUCUACGAGUCCAACACUAAUAGGUUGUUUCAAGAUUCUAAUGAGGCAACUAAGCUAUUUGCUGAAAUUUGUAAGAAUAAAACGUCCUAUUAUUCAUUCUUUCUGCCACUAAAAUUAGGCAUGGUGUUAAGCGGCGUGGAACUGUCUAACCUGUUUUAUUCUAAAGUUGAGUCAAUAUCAGUCCUUAUCGGAACAUUGUUCCAAGCACAAGAUGAUUAUCUUGACUGUUAUGGAGAUCCAGAGGAUUUUGGCAAAAACGGAACUGACAUUCAGACUAAAAAAUGCUCCUGGCUUCUUUGUCAAGCCUUAAAUAUCGCAUCAGAUGAGCAAAAGAAUCUGAUUAAAGAAAAUAUAGGCCAUAACGACGAUUCAAAGGUGGAAGCGGUAAAGAAUGUUUAUAAGGAGCUGGAGUUAGACAAACACUUUUUAAAAUACACAACAUACGCUGAAAAUAAGAUUAACAGUGAGAUUGAUGAAAUAGAUAACCAAGGAAUAAAAACCGUUUUAAAGUGGUGUCUAGAACUCAUUAGAAAUAGGUCAAAGUGAUACAAAUACAGUGUGGAAUCAUAAUUCAAGAGAUUUAGACUUGGAUUCUCUUGAAGGAGGUAAUUUUACGCCGAGAACUCGGUUCAACUUUUGGACCACCUGGCCAUUUGGUAUCCCCUAUUAUUUUAAUCUAUAAAAUACAUAAACAUACACUUCCGUUCUCAUAUUCCUUUAUUAAACUUUCACUUUCAUUUAUUGCUCGAGCCAGCUGAAGUUGAGUCAUGUUCUUGGCCAUCCUGGCCUUUUGUAAAGCGGUGCGAAAAGCAAAUGAAACCCUCUCGAUGUGAAAUGAUUCAUUUUCAUUCUCAAUUUUUGCAGCGCUA